UCUUGUGGUGUCGUUGGGUUAUACUGCUCGAAUACCUUAAGUUCCAACCAGUUUGGUUAGAGUUCGAUUCUCCAUUUUGCUUCAAUGGAUUAUUCAUUGGACUUCGAUUUAAGCAAGGAGUUUUAGCUAUCUCGAGAUUUACAAUUAUGGAUAAAUCAUGGAUGCAUAAAAGUAGAUUAUCCAAAGAAUAUGAGUUGGGCGUGGAAAAUUUCAUCAAAUUUGGAUUUUCGAAUACAAGUACCUCUUACAUUGGUUGUCCUUGGUUGAAAUGUGAGAAUUGUGAAAAGCAUAGUAGAAAGGAUGUUAGAGAUCAUUUAUAUGUUAAUGGUAUUGAUGAAAGUUAUAAAAUUUGGUUUUGGCAUGGUGAAACACUUACUAACUCAUAUUUCUAUGGAGAAUGUUCAAAGUUUGACACACAUACAUGUGAAGAGAAUGAUGUUGGAAGUGUAAAAGAAAUGAUUGAAGUUGCUCACGAGGAGUAUUCAAAAGACCCAAAUGGAUUUGAGAAGUUGCUUAUUGAUGCCGAAAAACCAUUGUAUGAAGGAUGUAAAAAGUACACCAAGUUGUCUACUCUAGUUAAAUUGUAUAAUUUAAAAGUUAGAUAUGGAUGGAGUGAUAUCAGUUUUUCAGAAUUACUUAAAACUUUGAAGGAAAUUCUGCCAACUACCAAUGAACUCCCAAAUUCAUUGUACGAAGCAAAGAAAACAUUAGGUGCAUUAGGAAUGGAAUAUGAAAAGAUUCAUGCAUGUCCUAAUAAUUGUUGUCUCUAUAGGAAAGAAUUUGCUAAUGCAACAGAAUCUCCUGAAUGUGGUCAAUUGAGGUGAAAAAACGUUAAGGAUAGAAAUGAAGAGAGAAAGCAAAUUCCCUCAAAAGUGAUAUGGUACUUCCCACCCAUUCCACGAUUCAAAAGGCUAUUUAGAAGUAUUGAAUGUGCAGAAAACUUGAUGGUGUCCAAACCCGACCAAGUAGUUCUUGCUCCUUUUAAUCCCGGGUAAGUUUAGUUGGGGUAUUUGUUGCAUUGACAAUAAAAUAGUACUUACAUUUUUGUAUAAUUAGGGGUCAUUAGGCACUGCUUGCUAUAAAUGCGUAUGAGGAUACAGUGUUUUACCUUGACUCGCUAAGGACGACAUCAAAAGCAACUACAAGAUAUGUAACCGACACAGCAAUAACGAUAUUUCACUCGCAAAAGAACAUUAAUAAAAGCAGGAAACAAACUUUAUGGCGAACAGUAAAG